AUGUCAUGCCCUUGCGGCAUCUUCAAGAGACGGCGUCGGCCCAAGUUGUGCGUUGAGGCCGAGACAUCCAGCGGCAGCGAGUCGCAUGAAUCUGAUUCUGACCACUUCCAUGAGGACGGAAAUCCUGAACCUGCGAGUGGCAAGAAGCAGAGGCGAAGACAAGUUCACCGCAUCUUGGAUAGGGAAGGCGUGGAGUUCCAAAGCCAGGGCAUUUUCCACGUUGUUCAGACGCGGAGGACUUGCACGAUCUUUCUUCUAGACUUUUUUCAUACAGUAAUCCAUUUGCCUUUUCCCGGCUUGUUCGUAGUCACGUUGACCGUGUACUUUGCUUGCUUCGCCUUCUUCGCUCUUUUCUGGAUCUGGUUCACUGACGUUUGCGCUAUCGGCCUCGACUCCUACAGAGAUGCUUUCUAUCUCUCGGUGGAAACACAGAUGACAAUCGGUUAUGGCGUUCCAGACCCGAACUUUGGUGACUGCUGGGAAGCAGCAGUCCUUAUCGUGGUUCAGACGGUAGUAGGGCUGAUGCUGGACGCCACUGUGAUCGGCGUGGUUUUCCAGAAGCUGGCCAAUGCAAACGCGCGUGCCAACACAGUGAUUUUCAGUGACACUGCGUUGCUAGAGGUGGAGGACGGCUGUGCAUACCUUCGCUUUCGGGUGGCGGACAUGUCUUGGCGGCCAUUGUCUCAGGCGACGAUGCAGGUCUAUUGCGUGCAACAUCAUCGAGAUGAGAGCCAGCCGCGCGGCAUCCGCGUGGAGCUUGCUGCAGUACAUCUGGAAGAGCCUGACACAGACAUUCAUAAUGGCAUCAUAUUUCUAGGCCUACCAGCUAUGGUAUCGCACAAAAUCAACUACGAGAGCCCGCUUUCGCCAGAUGUGCCUGCUGGCACGACUGGAAGCCCUACUCCGAAUGAUGUUCGAAAAUAUCUGAUUGAGUCGCCUUAUUUGGAGGUGUUGGUGCUGCUGAGCGGCACUGAAGAGUCUACUGGAGCCAUUGUCGAAGCUCGACAUUCCUACACACUCGACGACAUGUUUUGGAACAGGGCGUAUGGAACGUGCGUUUCCAUCAGCAGUGAAGGGUAUCACUGUGUCGAUUUUCAUGCUAUUCACCAUACAUAUCCCUUGUCAGCAUUGCCAGAACAGCGACAGUCCGCAGUACUCAACACUGCCGUUGCUCAUGGAAUUUCCCAUACAUUCCCGGCCACCCUGGACCCGAACAUGGACAGCGACAAUGAGUGA